GUAGUUUUAAGAAUUGCCACUCCCCGUACAAAAUUAUCUAAAUUGUUAUAGGCGAAUCGAUGGUAAUAUUCAACAUAUGAUCAAAUAACUUGACACACCAAAGAAAAUAUGUAUACAAAAAAAGAGAGUAAAAGACACUAAGGCGUUGAGGAAGCACCUGCAUGGAUCCCACACUUGCCCGUGACACCGUAAAAGCAAAACACGAACUUGCCACGUUAUCACAAAAGCAAUCCACGUCACACAUGUCUCACUGUCAACACUUACCAGCACUAUACCCAUUUCACUUUACCUAUAUUUUUUGUUUAUAUAAACCCAUAAGCUCCCUCCAUAAUUUCUUUACCCAUAGCAAACAUAUAAAGCUAAAAAGAAAAAGAGAAAAGAGAGAGAGAGAUGGAGAACGACAAUAAUAAUAAUAACACGAACACAAACGUGAUCGCACCAUUCGUAGUGAAGACAUAUCAGAUGGUCAACGACCCUUCGACCGAUUGGCUAAUCACAUGGGGACCUGCACACAACAGCUUCAUCGUCGUCGACCCUCUCGACUUCUCUCAACGCAUCUUGCCUGCUUAUUUCAAACAUAACAAUUUCAGCAGCUUCGUUCGUCAGCUCAACACCUAUGGGUUUAGAAAAGUGGAUCCGGACCGGUGGGAGUUUGCGAACGAGCAUUUCCUCAGAGGACAGAAGCACCUGCUCAAGAACAUAGCGCGUAGGAAGCACGCACGUGGGAUGAUGUAUGGUCAGGAUCUUGAGGACUGUGAGAUCGUUAAAGAGAUCGAACGGUUGAAAGAUGAGCAGAGGGAGCUCGAGUUAGAGAUUCAGAGGAUGAACCAGAGAGUCGAGGCCACGGAGAAGAGGCCCGAGCAGAUGAUGGCGUUUCUCUACAAGGUCGUUGAGGAUCCCGACCUCUUACCUAGGAUGAUGCUCGAAAAAGAACGGACAAAGCAAGUCUCCGACAAGAAGAAGCGCCGCGUCACGGUGAAAGCAGAGGAAGAGGAAGACAACGGGAGGGUCUUUGGGAUUGUUUCACCGUCUCCUUCGCCGCCGGAGAGUUCUAUGGGAUGGGUUGUUCCGAUGGAGAGGCAUGGGCAGUUUGGUAAUUAUAACGAGACAGGUGUGGUGACGAACUCAGUGAUGUCGAACUCUUCGACGUCUACGUCGUCAUCGUUAACGGAGAGCGUAAGCGGAGGAGGAGGAGGAGGAGGAAGAGGAUGGGGGAGUAUAUACAAAGAAGCGGCGACGUUUGGAGGAGUGGUAGAGUCAAAUCCACCUUAUCCGUUUUCUUUGUUUCGAGGUGGCUUUUAGCUUCCACAUGAUAUAUGGAUCUUUGGGUUCUUGCUGUUAUUAUUACAGUAUUAUUUUUGUCUUAUAGUGAUUAAUGCAUAACCAACAAAAAAGGGCAAAUCGAUAGUUGUUAGUUGUGUGAGUAUUAGGACAGGGAGACAGAAUCAAUGGUCAUAUCGUUUUAUAGAAAGUUUGUCAGUCUAUAAUUUUCCGAUUAUUAUUGUUACAGGUUCGUUGACUGUGUUUUCAUUUGAAGUAUUUUAAGGGGAUUUGUAAUUUUGUCUACUCACACUUGCAAUAAUAACGAUUUUC